AUGUCUGCCACCCUUGACGAGCAAAUCACCACUCUAGAGAAAUACACUGCUUGCGAUGUGUCUGAUGCGCUCUUGAAGCUACAACCGGUCCCGGAAGGAAGUGUGCCGCGAGCAGGCUACUUGGUCGAUUUAGUCCCAUUCUCACCGAUUUUUGGAAGAAACGACACAGCAAAGAAAGUUGCUGCCCCAGCGACAACAUUCAAAUUCUUAUCUAAAAAUGACAGCAUACCGUCAAUCGCAAUUGAAAACCCCGAGAAACACGGAUUUCCCCCAGGUAAAAACUGGGUAGACUACACCGGCGAUUUUGCAGCAGUAGAUCCGUCUAAAGUGGGUUCUAUCGUCGUUAUUGAGCAGCCAAAUGGACAAUAUUGCGCCGUGACCGGUGGCAACAUGGCAACCCGUAUGAAAGUUCUGGGCAUCAAAGCGACUGUUGUUAGUGGUCGAGUGCGUGAUUUGCGGGAGUUACAAGCAGCAGGACUUCCGAUCUGGGCCCGGGCUACUUCGACUGUCGGUACAGGUGCUGAAGCAAAGCCAGCUGUGCGGAAUGUACCUAUUAACGUUGGCGGUGUGACGGUGUCUCCUGGGGAUAUUAUCUUCUGCGAUCCCGUGGAAGGUGUUGUGGCUAUUCCACGCGACUUGCUUGGCCCUGUUUUGGAAUUGAUGCCCAAACUGGCUAGUAUUGAAGCGAAAGUUAAGGAGGCAUUGGAACAAGGAAUGAGCGUCACUGAGGCUUUCAAAAAGUUCCGUGGAGCAAAGUGA